AUGCUGACCUUCGGAAAGUUGAAUGUCGUUCUUUGCUCCGUGUUUCUCAUAUUUUACAGUUAUGGACCUAAAAGUAUUUUAGCAGAAGGUCCACCCAGAAAACUUGCCAUUGCUGAUGACGAGAGAAUCACAUUUGCUCAAGCGAAUCAAAGCAUAGUUCUAAAAUGUCCAAUAGAAAUGACAGAAUAUCAAACAUUUGUUGAUUGGUUCAAAGGCAACAUGUCAUUAUAUAUGGAGAAAGGCUACGAACUGACACACAAAGGAACUCUGAAAAUUAAACUGGUUACAAAACAUCAUGCCGGAACGUAUACUUGCGAGGGCAUCAAUGGUCAUGGGACUGUUAGAGUUAAUAUUACUCUUAUAGUCGACAAUCCAGAAGUUGAAGACACGAAAAACAAUCCAGCUAAUCCUAACUCUGCGAACAGGAUUCAUGGAUUUCCUCCAUUGAUAAAGAAGAGAGCUUCCACUCAUUUCGUCGAUGAUGUAGGAGGGCAGGCCACGUUCCACUGCGUUGCCUCUGGUGAGCCUACGCCCCAUAUAUUUUGGCUGAAGGACGGCCAUUUGAUUGAAGCAUCAGAGAACGAUGUGCGAACGAAAGGAAAGGCUCACUCUACCCUCAAAGUCAGAGGACUCAAGAAAUCCGAUGCAGGAAUAUAUAAAUGUAUAGCACGGAAUAACAAAGGAGAAAGUCACAUGGAUUUUUCCCUAGAAGUAACUGAUCCCUCAUCUCCACCCCGAAUCAUAGCUUUAGAGCCUCCAAAUGUUACCAUCAAGGAAGGAGCGACAGCUGUCUUCUGGUGUGAAGUAGACAGUAGACCAGGACUGAAACUGCACAUCAAAUGGCUGAAGAAAGUGUUUAAGGAAGAAAUUGGGCAUUCAACGCUUUCAAAUGACCUGACAUUAUUUCGCUCCGGAACAACAUAUUACAGACCUCUGAAUUUCUCGGAUGGAACCACAGCUACCGAUGGAGUAUACAAGUCGAAACUGCUUAUUAGAAACACAGAGAAAGAAGAUUCUGGAACUUAUGUCUGUUUGGCCCUAAAUGAUAAAGGGUUCAGUUUCAAAAACGUCACCUUAACUGUGAUUGGAACAGUCAAGACAGUGCCAAAUACAUCAUCCUAUUUUGCAAACAGCAGCACCACAUUAGUUGUGAUUGUCAUCAUUGCAUUUGUGACCUUCUUAUCGGCAGUAAUUCUCGGCUCCCGUUUAUGUUGCAGAGGAAAGUCUUCUCAGAAAGGCAUUAUAAACAAUACAACAGCUGUAGACACUGAAGCUGGAAAGCCCAGUCAAGCCGCAACUUCUGUGAGGAAGCCGAUGAAAAAGGAUUUCAUUCCAUACAUCGAAGUCAGGGAUCCGCAUUCAGCUUCAAAACUGCUGUGCAGCGAUACGAACUACAUCUACGACUACUGUGAAGAUCAAGUUUCGAGGACGUCUCAGGUCAAGUCUUAUGCACACUGA